AUGAAUCAAUUACCACCCGAUUCAUUGUCCACAAGACAUGGGACUGUUGGGGCCGAUGGAGAAGAUCAACGACAACCACAAGAGUACCAGCUACAGCGUGCAGAGGAGGAUCUGGAUCGGUUAUUGCAGAACAAUGUCAAUGAUUAUAGCUUUUUUGAAUCCCUGGAUGAGGGCCUUCCGAGUGAAGUGCCGCAAUCCAGUGGACUGCAAACUUUCAACAGUCUGAUUGAUAAUGGCCCUUUCGAUUAUUACUUCGACUUCGACAACACGCCCCAGAAUCUCCCUGGUACCCUCGCAGACAAUCUCGCCCCUAACCUCGCAGAUGUCCUCACAGAGAACCUGACACCAAACUUUACAGAUAAUUUCACAGAAAUCGUCACAAAUAAGCCUCAACCGCCACCGCCUUUGCUGAUGGGCCUUCAAGAAGGAAGCAUCGCUCAGACGUCAGAGCAGGCAAGUUUGUCACACCAGAACAAAGGUUCUAAACCUGCCGCUGGACUCUCCAGUGGUGCCUCGGAUAGCAAUCCGCACCUAAAGCCUCUGACAAACGCGCAAAUUGGUCGUCGUCAAAAUAUUGAGAACUCAAGCAAGGCAGGCGUUCCCCAUACGCAAGACAUAACCUCUGUUCAGCGCGUUCAGCAACAGCCAGCGUGGACAGGAAUUUGCAAUGAGCAACUGCUUCAUCAGACACAAGGAAGAGUCCAGCAGGAUUUCAAGACUAUACAGAGUACUGCAGGUAGCCGAGGUAACGUUGCUGCAAUGAACUUAACCGGGACCCUUCCGGGCCAGGAGGGUUUCUAUGUGCCAUAUCCGCAGCAGCAGCACGCAGUGAAUCAAACUAUUGGCCAGAAGUACCAGGCUGCUGGCCCUCAACCUAUGCACUGGAUUCCAGGGAACGCAUACUCUUCUCAUAGAAGUCGCUUUCUUCCACCGCAGCAGCAACUACAGCAGCCACAACAGUACCAGCAACAACAACGGCGCCUGCAACCCGCCCAGCGUUACCUAGGGAACCCGGCGUCUCUUCAGCCAAACGCUCAGCAUGCCAUCGCGCCCAUGGGAACUCCGAGCCAAGUUGAUGCUUUUGCUCCUUCUAACCGUGUUGUACGCCCUUCACCUCGUGGCAACAGUAUGGUGCGUGGACCGGUAGGAGUCGGUCGCUAUGGUCCCCCGUUUUCUCUCGUACCCGCUUCGAUGAUCUCGCCGAGCAUGGGCAACGCGGGCCAUGCUCUGGUUUCGAACCCAGCGAACCAAGGAAUUAUGGGAAAUCAAGCGCAGAGCUUUCAGCCAAAUGUCUAUCCGAGCUCUCACCCGUCAUCACACCGUCUCCAUCCACCCCCAAAUGUUGGACUAAAUCUGGGUCAAAACUUUGCCUACCCUUCCAGCAACUAUGGGUAUUAUCCAAUACAACAGGCGCCUGGCUUACGCGUCUUCCCGACGGAAACCAUGGCCAACCAGUAUAUUUCGACACCCUACGGACAGACACCCCUCACGGCGAAAGGGGCAGCCAUUUCCGUCUACCCUCACCCGGCUGUCGCUCAAGCACCGAUUCCUCCCUAUGGCAGCCAGACUUCAGAGACGAUUGACCUUACGGGCUCCAUGGCCCCGCCGGCGGAGGGAGCUGGAGUACAGGAAAGCGAGUUGCCUACCGGCCAGUUUGGGUUUGAAAUGUCCAGCAGCGCUCUGGCUCCCCUCAACCCUGACGGGAUCGAGCCGACUGCUAUCGCCGACGUUGGGAACGAGAUGGCAACUGUCGGUCAAUGUACAAGUGCAGAUCAGUUGCCGAUACCCAUCAGUGACGAGCUCGUCACUGAUGAUCAGAUCAUCGGAGAUAUCGCGCCCAGUCCAAGCUGCGUUUUCGAAGCAGACUAUCAGCCCUUCAUGGGGUUCGAUGCCGAACAUCAAGAGGCCGGUGGUCUGCAGAAGCAGAUUUCUGAGACUCUGGAAGGUCUGAUGCCGCCUCCGACGAUCGCACCGUCAAAGCUGGCCCAACAGCUCGUCCAAACCGAACAGGCUGCAGGACACCAGGCUGCUCUCGCUGCCCCAGUGCCUAGUGCUAUUGAUCCUAGCCCCGUUGCCCCUGGCCCUGCUCCUCCCGCCCUUGACGCUGGACCCGUACAUGUUGCCUAUCCGACGCAGGGAUAUGGCCAGGGCGGCGACGGCGUAGCAAUCGGAUACAAUCCAAUGGUCUUCGACGCCCGUGCCAUGUCCGACCAGAUUGGCAACGGGGGGGUCUACCUUCGGCCGAGCGGCACGAUGACGCACAAGACGACUCAGGCCAUCGGAAACGUGCCGGCACACCUCAGUACGGCAGAAGCCUAUGCCACCGGGGACGAUCCCCACGAGGAAAAGGUAUUGAACAACCGGGCGUUGAAGAAAGCCAGAGAUCCGCGUUGCGACCCCAAGCGCGUGUACAAGACGAAAAUCCCCCAACUCUUGCCCUGGGGUCCAACGAACACGGAGGGCAAGCACAAGUACCAGUACACGAAACACGGCCAGCUCGCGGCCGGUCAAACGCUGACGGCAGAAGAGAUUCUGUACUACAUCAACCAUCGCAAGCGUCAUGGGAACUUUGUCAUCUGGAUCCAAAACGCACCGUCGCAGUGCGCGGCUCGGCAGGAUGAAGAUGACAAGAAGUGCCGCUACAGCAAGUGUCCGUUGGCAAAGCGAAGCAUAUCAUCCGGUUGGCUGCGGGCCGCCUUUGACGAGUUCCCGCACCUGACUUCGGACGGAACCAAGGACCCGUUCAAGGUGGCGAUACUCCUGCACCUCUGGUGCCUGGAGCAAAUCUGUGAUGUAUUUUCCCUCUUCCAGGACGGCGUGCUCAGGGCCGACAAUCGGGUGUUCCCGAAAGAGGCCGUCAACGCGAUGACGCUGGACCGCGACGUGAACAGAGCGGCGGUGCGGGAUGCGUUUGAUCCUUGGAUGCGCAACCAGCUGGAGGAACUUGUCAAUAACAAUUGUUGUUCCUCGUGGCCUCGACCGCACGAGCUCUCCCUGUCGUUUGAGCUCAUCGCGCAUCACAUUGGAAACCAGACAACAGCCCGACAGAGAGCGCGAUAUCUGCGCAACUUGAACAAGCCGGCAGGUCAUCACAAGACAAUCGAUGUGCACAUGGGCAACCUUGGCUUGUACGUGGGCAUCGCGACGACAAGCAGGGAUGAGAAGCGAGCAGCGAGAAGCCAGGCACUGAUCCAAUUGGAAGAGCAAAAUGAGGAAACCAAGGUGCUUGUCGGCGAUGUUGCUGAUGCUGUUGCUGAUGCUGUUGCUGUUGCUGAUGCUGAUGCUGAUGCUGAUGUUGAUGCUGAUGGAGAAUUUGUGGAUGGAGAUGAGGGACUCGUGGGCAACAUCGAUGUCGUCGAUCAAGACGAGCCGGCGUCCCGGGAAUUGCAGGAAGGCGACAGGCGUGGUGAAGUGGGCACAAACCCCAAGAGCACGUCUCGGAGCACAAAAGGGGCAACGAGAAAAAAGGCUAAUGCUCGAACGAAACGGAGGAAAGCUGAUACUCUGCUCGACGAAGGGGCUGAUGACGGCGGUCCGGGAGAAGAAUGGAUUGAUCUGGCCAGCCCAAACAGCUGGAAGGGCUCGAAGGAUCUCGUGGCCGCCGUAGAUCUCUCGCCCUACUCCGACCCCGUCGCUCACUUUUCCAACGCACUCCCGGCCGGCAUAUUCUAUUCCCCGUCCAGCGGGAUCAUGAGAGGGAGCAUCGUCGAUGCCGGAAUUCGGGAGCGAGCUCGCAGGGAAAGCGUCGCGAGCAGCCUCAGGGAUGAGGAUCAAGACAGCUCGUCGCGUAAGCGGAGAAGAGACGGCGAAUGUGACGAGCCCGGUGAUGAAUCGAUGAGCAAGAAGCAAAGGAGUGACGAAAAUUAUGCCUCGGUUGACGAUGGCGACGGUGCACCGUGCAAGAAGAGGCGGAGGGAGGAAACCAUCGAUGCUAUGACGACGACGACGACGAUAGUAAAGAAGGCCCGGCUGAGCAAAGAUGAAGAAAGCAGCGGCGAAUCCGACGGUGCUCCGACUGGUCAGCAUGGGACGAGCAGGAGCAGGAGCGAAUUUGGAAGCUUGUUUGGAAGCCCAAGCGAUGCGGGAUUGGACACUGGCGCUGCCGCAUGUCCGACACCACGGGAGAAGGCUUUCAGUCCGGCGCGAGCGGCUGCCGAUAAGAGAGAUGGAGGUGACGGUCCAGAAAAUGGUGACGGUCGACAGGCAAGCGGAGAGCCAAGAGAUGAGACUCGUUGA